AUGGACAAUAGAUUCCUGAAAAUGCAAGAUGAAUUGACACAGGAGGUUAAAAAGUUGGAUAGCUUUUUGAAGCAAAUUUUAGGAGAAGUAAAACAGAUUACUGACAAAGUGGAAACUUUAGAAAAUAUUCCUGGCUACAUUCACAAAACCCUAGAGGAUCCUCUUCCUGGUUCUCCAGAUCCUCCAGAGCAACUGAAACCUUCAGAGACAACCACCAUCUGUAAAGCCCAGCCUGCUGCCAGUUUGCCUCCGGGUUUGGAAUAUUUACACCAGCUGGAUCAGAUCAUUAUUCACCAGCAAGUGGAACUUCUUCAAGUUAUACUUGGCACUGAAACCUGCAGCAAGUAUGAGAUAAAAAACCACAUGGGACAAAGAGUUUAUUUUGCAGUGGAGGAAAAUGGUUGUUUUGAUCGUAACUUCUGCUCACCUUUACGGUCCUUCACCAUACGGAUUACAGACAACACUGGUCAAGAAGUUAUCACUGUGAACCGACCCUUAAGAUGUAACAGCUGCUGGUUUCCAUGUUAUCUGCAGGAGUUAGAAGUUCAGUCUCCUCCUGGGACCACAGUUGGCUACGUGAUACAAAAAUGGGACCCUCUUCUGCCAAAAUUCACUAUCAGGAAUGAGAACAAUGAAGAUGUGCUGAAGAUCAUAGGCCCCUAUGCAACAUGUGGUUGCUUUGGAGAUGUUGAUUUUGAGGUAAAAUCUCUAAAUGAGAUGGCUACAAUUGGCAAGAUUUCCAAGUAUUGGUCUGGUUUUGUCAAUAACAUCUUUACCAAUACGGCCAACUUUGGUAUCCAGGUUCCUGUGGAUCUGGAUGUAAAAAUCAAAGCAGUAAUGAUUGGUGCUUGCUUCCUCAUAGACUUAAUGUUCUUUGAGAACUCCUUAGAUGGAUUGUAA